UGGUAAUCCAGAAGGAUUAAUUCGUGUCACUGAAUUAGCUGAUCAACUUGUUCAAGGUGGAGAUUUUGAUGUUUAUCAAAAAACAUUUGAUGAUAUCAAAAAAUUGAUUGAAUGUACAAAACAAUAUGAAGCAGACGAUGAACUUGAUGUUCUCGGUCAAGAAUUCGAUGAAAAACAAACAAACAAUAAAGAUGAAAUAAUCAAAUCAACUGACAAACAUGAUACUGUUACUAAUGAUCAUAAUCAUACUCAUCAUCAACAUCAACAUCAUCACAAUGACACAACUACAACCACAACCACAAUUAUGUGGCAUUUAAAACGUUCAAAUAAACCGAACACAAAGAUUGAAGGACCGUAUACUACGGAACAAAUAAAAGUAUGGCUUCAAGAUGGUACAUUCAAUCAAGAUGAUUGUAAUCAUGUUUUAUUACGUGAAUCAACAAAAUCCGAUGGACAAUUUUAUCAUAUUACACGUAUUGAUUUUGAUUUGUAUGAAUAA